GAUUACUCACCAGCCUCCCCCUUUUGUCUGCCAGCCCAGCCUGACUCUUAGAGAUUGUGAAUAGCUCCAUCCAGUCUGGGAAGCGAGCUGGACAGCUGAGCCGGGCAGAGCCCAGAGAACCCAGCAGGCCCAUGUUGAGGCUGGAGCCCUCCCCUGGGCUGGGGGGCCACCGGCCUGGCCUCCUGCCCGUACUCUUGGCUCUCCUUGGCAUGACCUGGGCAGAGGUGCGCCCACUCCAGCUACAGGAGAAGCAGGUUCCAGUGCCUGGAGCCCUGAGCAAGAAGGAGAGCUUCCUGCUCCUCUCCCUGCACAACCGCCUGCGCAGCCGGGUCCACCCCCCUGCAGCCAACAUGCAGAGAAUGGACUGGAGCGAGAGCCUGGCCCAACAGGCCCAGCAGGGCAGCCCUCUGUGGCGCCCCAGCCCCAAGCCCAGCCUCUGUCCCCCGGGCUACCCCGCAAGUGGGCUGGAAUGUGCAGCUGCGCCCGUGAGCUCGGCGUCCUUCAUCCACGUGGUGGGCCUGUGGUUCUCAGAGGGGCAGCAGUACAGCCAGGCAGCGGCCGAGUGUGCCCCCAAUGCCACCUGCACCCACUACACUCAGCUCGUGUGGGCCACCUCGAGCCAGCUGGGUUGUGGGCGGCAUCCCUGCUCUGGGGCCCAGGCUGAGAUGGAAGCCUUUGUCUGUGCCUACUCUCCCGGAGGCAACUGGGAGGUCAACGGGAAGACCAUCGUCCCCUACAAGAAGGGCGCCUGGUGUUCGCUCUGCACAGCCAGCGUCUCGGGCUGCUUCAAAGCCUGGGACCACGCAGGGGGGCUGUGUGAGGUCCCCAGGAACCCAUGUCGCAUGAGCUGCCGGAACCACGGACAUCUCAACCUCAGCACUUGCCACUGCCACUGUCCCCCGGGUUACACAGGCAGAUACUGCCAAGUGCGGUGCAGCGUGCAGUGCGUGCAUGGCCGGUUCCGGGAAGAGGAGUGUUCCUGCGUCUGUGAUGUUGGCUAUGGGGGAGCCCAGUGUGCCACCAAGGUGCACUUUCCCUUCCACACCUGUGACCUGAGGAUCGAUGGAGACUGCUUCAUGGUGUCUUCAGAGGCAGACACCUAUUACGGAGCCAAGAUGAAAUGCCAGGGAAAGGGCGGGGUGCUAGCCCAGAUUGAGAGCCAGAAAGUGCAGGACAUCCUCGCCUUCUACCUGGGCCGCCUGGAGACCACCAACGAGGUGACCAACAAUGACUUUGAGACCAGGAACUUCUGGAUCGGGCUCACCUACAAGACCGCUAAGGACUCCUUCCGCUGGACCACCGGGGAGCACCAGUCCUUCACCAGUUUUGCCUUUGGGCAGCCUGACAACCAGGGGUUUGGCAACUGUGUGGAACUGCAGGCAUCGGCCGCCUUCAAUUGGAACGACCAGCGCUGUAAAACCCGAAACCGUUACAUCUGCCAGUUUGCUCAGGAGCACAUUUCCCGGUGGGACCCAGGGCCCUGAGGCUCACCCAUGCCUCUCCCCUGCCAGCACCUGGAUGCACAGCCCUACCUGCCCUUCUGCCCACCUGUUUAGAACAAGGGUUGGGCUAGGACUGCAGGCCCAACAGCCAAAGAGGCCUCAGACCUUGCAGGAAGUGGGGCAGGGGGUACAAGUGAGGCCGAUGGAGAGCCCGGUAUAGGAGGAGGGGAGCCUGGGGUCCUCCAGCCUGCUUUUGAGUGGGAAGAUUGGUCUUAAUUAGGCACUGAAACAGGAGUCCGGGGCAGUGGUCAGAAGAGACCACUCUCCUCCAUCUGGGCUGGACCCUCUGGGGCAGACAGAGGUUCCUUGCUGCCCAGGAUGCACCCCACAAAGGAUUAAACUAAGUUAUGGAUCA